AUGAACGUUGAUAUGCUCUUUCAAUUCCAAAAAAUGCAUUCUCAAUCAACAGUUAAAGAACUGAUAAAUGCGGCAGAUAUUAGUAACGAAAAAAAAGGUGAAAAGGCACAGACAGUCACCACUCAUAAUAUCAAUCAAAGUCGUUACAGUGCCGCUAAUAGUAAAUGGGCAUCACCUAUUUCCGGUAUUCUCAAUGAUGAAGAACUUCGUCUCGAACAGAAAAAAGCAGAGAAAUCAAAACGUCUUGAACAACGUCGUAGUCAUUUAUCUGCUGUACUUGAAGCAGAUAAAAAUAAAUACCAGUCAGAAUUGCUUUCAUACCGUCGAUCUUCGCAUGAAACGAUACCUCAAAUGAACAUGCCAAUCGAUUUCUUCCAGUCAGCAUCCGAACAUUCACCGCAAUCUGAAACAACGAAUAAUUUCGAUUUACAAACAAUGGAAACACAUAAAUUGCAAGAUUUAUCUUUGGAACAACGAGACGACAAGCAAAACGAACGGAAACGACGGCACCAACAAUUGAAGAUGAUUCUUCAACAACAAAUGGAAGAAUUCAAUCAAUUAGAGGAACAGGCGGAAAUUUUCAAACAAGAAGAAGAACAUUGGUAUAGAGAACAAAUCAGAUUAGAAGAAUUUCAAGAAAUCAGAAGACAAACAGAGAACUUUCCUAGUCAACAAGAUCAGGGACGUCAACUUCUUCGUCAACAUAAAGCAAAAUUGCAUAAACGAUCAAAAGAAGUCCAACAACGCCUGGAUAUGGACAUUCACAUUCUUACAUCAAUUGUACAUCCCGAACACGAAUCUCGCUUGGAACAAUCAGAUGAACAAAAGCAAUUAAGGGAAAAUGUCUCCAAUGUUCUUCAGCAAUUUCAACAACAGAUGAGAGUUGAGAAAAACAAAGAAAAAGAACUUGAUGACAUGUAUCCGGAAGAUGCUGCUAAACAAUGGUCUCGGUAUGAUCAGCAAUGGAAUGAUGAACAAAAAACACGUAUGAAAUUACUCCGACCGAUAUUAACCGAAAGACAAAAUCAAUUAAUUAAACAAUUACAUCUUUUCAAAGAAAAACAAAAGGAAAUCUACGAAAAACAACGAGCUUUAAUUGAAGAGAUGGAACAAGCACGGAAAUACGAUUUGAUCGAAAAGCAAAAGCAAACGACACCAACCGAACAAAAGCCACAAAUAUUCAUCUUCCGCAAGGAACCAGAACAACCAAUUGAAUACGAAGAAUCCAAACAACCUCCAUUGAUACCAACAACUGAUUCACAAUUCCAUGGUCGUCGUCGUGUUGCUUGGAAUUAG